AUGGCCAAACGCCUACUAGAUGUGAACGUCAAUUCAAUGAGCCACAAGAGCACGGGCGGUUUGGCAGGAUUCCUGAAAAGAAAUACAUUUUUUGGAGAGUUUCAUGAUAGGAUCCCUGAAGAUCUUAAUACAGAACCGGUCAGUUACGACGAAGCACUACUAGACGAAGUUGCAUCGAAAAACAACUUGGUUUGGGCAUGGGAGAGAAUUACUGUCCUCAGGCCCCAGAUAUUAAAACAAAGGGACGCGAAUGCUGGUUUACCUAGGGGUCCACGCGCUACUAGAUGGUUUGCACAUUUUAGUUGGACCAAAACUACCCAAUAUGUGUUGAAAGUUUUUAGGGAUGCACUUGAUUCCAUGACGGAGGAUCAGUUUAUUUGGGAACCAUAUUCUGAUGAAUUAAUUGAGAGCCUUCCCGAUUAUUGUCGUGUUGGACGAAAUAUAUGGCGUGCUAGAGUCACAAUAUUUUGUUGGGAUGUUGUCGAGGUUCACUUGCCUGAUCGAGUUAUGAGGCAAUUUGGAAUGAUACAGGAGAUACCACCAACUCCGUUUCCAUUUGAUCCCACACAUUUUAACCACGAUCGUCGGGGAAGGCCAAAUACAAAUUGGGAAUUGGAGCAUGCACAAUGGUUGCCAUUUUGGCACCAACGACUUCGAUACGUUAUUAAUGCACCGGUCAAUCAUGAACCACUUCGGUACGAUGACCCUACCUUGUUUGGUUCGGACGCAUUACUCGUCUUGUUAUUGGUAAUCCUACUUCGCGUCCUCAGCGGCAACAAGGUUAUGUGCCUAAUGCAACGGCUUAUGAAGCAAUGGUAAGUGGUGCAUAUUUAUUUUGGUUCAACAGUCCUACAUGUUUCUUGUAUAUACAAUGUGAAAACUGCAUCAGAUAAUCAGUUCUACACUAGUUGCAGCAUAUUAAUAACUUCCUUUGUCUUUGUUGUUUCGGUUAAAAGAUCCUACCAAAUAACUGAUCAUGUAUAAAUUA